CUGGUUGCGCUCCCCCCGCCCCCUGCCGAUGGGCGGGUCCGUUUCCUCUCGGAUGCGGAUCAGAUGAUUCUGGCUGCGGACGGAUCAGACAUGGAGGUGAUUCAUCAAGAUCGGCUACAGCUCAUCACGGAGAAGAGGAAGUGGCAGACGGAGAUCGAGAACAAAAGACGCCAGCUGGAGGAUGAUCGCAGGACUCUGCAGCACCUGAAGUCCAAAGCCCUGAGAGAGCGCUGGCUGCUGGACGGGACUCCCACAGCGGGGCCAGAACAGGACGAAGUCAAGAAGCAGCUGGAGGAGGAUGAAGAAAAGACCCGGAGCCUGGAGGAGACCAUUGGCAGGCUGGAGCAGGAGCUGGUCAAGAUGGAGUCUGGGACUGGGACUCAGACUAUCUCACACAUUGCUGUGACGGCAGGAUCAGUUGAAGAUGUGGAGGUCAAAGGUCACAGCGACCUUCCUCUGGGUGGAGCUAUGCCAGCUGAUGAGAUGGUCCAAGCUCCAGCAGAGAUCAAAAUUAAAAGAAGUCCCAGAGUCUCCAGGUCAAUAGAGGCAACAGAUGAGCUGAAGAGAGCCAUGUACUCGGUGGAGAUUAAGGUAGAGCGGGACAAAGCUACAGGGGAAACCAGGGUUCUGUCCACUAACACCACACUUCCUGUUGACCUCUCCCACCAAGGUGUCAAAGUGUACGAGGACAAGCAGAAAGUGGUCCAUGAGAUGAACGGGGAAGAUGGCGUCCAUUUGCUCAGCUCUUCUGAGGUUGAAGAGCUUAUUCACAAAGCUGAUGAGGCAUCAAUGAUGUCACCGACUGUCACCACGGUGACCUCCCUCCCAACGGCGGAGGUCCAGGAUGAGCCGCUUCCUGAUAUGCCGCCACAGAUCACUGGGCUGGAGACAAAAGCCUGCGGUGAGCCGAGUGUGGCAGAGGCCAGUGCUGACAACCCGGUUACCAUGGUAUUCAUGGGGUACCAGAGCGUGGAGGACGAGGACGAAACCAAGAAGGUCCUGGGGCUGCAGGGGACGGUGAAGGCGGAGCUGGUGCUGAUUGAUGAUGCCAAUGGGAUCAUGGAUCCACCUCCUCCCGCCCUCGCCACACCACGCACCUCCUCUGCCUCGCCCACCUCCACCACACCUCCAGAGAGGACAGCAAGCAAUGGGGAGAUGGCUGGGAAAGCGGCGGGGGAGACAGUAGGGGAGACGGUGGGGGAGACGACAGGGGAGACGCCAGUGGGAGGGGUAGUGCAGGUGAAGAAGGAGAAGCAGCCGUGUAAGUGCUGCAGCAUCAUGUGACCUGUGGCACCGUGAUAAAAAGUCCACCCACUGCCCACUGCCGCUUCUAACACGACAUCAAUUCCUGAUUCCUCAUCGCCGCCAGUUUUCUAAAAGCUUUUUUACUUUUUUACCCCUCCUGUUUCAGGUGUGACGCCUCCUGUUAGCAUGCGCUUUAACCUCCACCUGCUCCGUGUCUGAGCCUGUUAACCCACAGGUGUGUUUAUGUGUACUGUAUAUAAAAGGAAAUAAAGGUGAGCUGACGGAUGGUCGACUCGUGAACCACAAGCUGAGUCUGUGUUUGUGUGGCAGGAUGAAGGCCUUUCAUUUCCUGAGAACCCGCUCAGCAGAUGUUUAAAAAUGUAAUUCAGGUCAGGCCCCUCACAAAAAGCUCAAAGCAGCGUUGUUAAACAAGGCUGCUGAUAUUCAGCUAAACUCUGAAAGGCGGGAUAAACCUCCUCUGAACUGUUCAUGGAGCUCCAGAACCAGAAAUGGAA